UCAGUUCCAGUUGUCGGAGCAGGAAAGCAGACAGGUCACGUUGUUUUGUAGACCCGGAAGACGAUGCGACCGCAGCCAUGAGUGCAGGAGAGGGACUAGAUGAGGCUGCGAAGGACGCGGCAGACAUAGCGGCGUUUUUCAAAUCUGAUUGCUCUCUUCCAAAAUGUGAAUCCAAACUGGAUGGCCCAGGUCAAACCUCAGGGUUUCAUCGCAAUGAGGAUAUGAAGGCCAUUGAUGUGCUUCCCAUCCUCAAGGAGAAGGUUGCCUUUCUCUCAGGGGGCAGAGACAGACGCGGAGGUCCCGUUCUCACCUUUCCAGCACGGAGCAACCAUGACAGAAUACGAUCCGAAGACCUGCGCAGGCUCAUUGCCUACCUGGCUACUAUUCCCAGUGAGGAGGUGGCCAGACAUGGCUUCACAGUCAUUGUGGACAUGCGUGGUUCUAAGUGGGACAGCAUCAAGCCUCUGCUGAAGAUCCUCCAGGAGUCCUUCCCGUCUUGUAUCCACGUCGCCCUCAUCAUCAAGCCAGACAACUUCUGGCAGAAGCAGAGGACCAACUUCGGCAGCUCCAAGUUUGAAUUUGAGACGGUGAUGGUCUCCUUAGAGGGUUUAUCCAAGAUUGUGGACCCAUCCCAGCUGACAGCUGACUUUGAGGGCAGCUUAGAGUACAACCAUGACGACUGGAUUGAGGUGCGGCUGUCGUUUGAGACCUUUGCCAGCGAUGCAGCGCGGGCACUGGCACGCCUUGAGGAGCUUCAGGAAACCUUGUCCCAGCGUGAUCUCUCGCGGGACCUGGAGGGGUCUCGGCGGCUCAUGGAAGAACAUGCAGGACUGAAGAAAAGGGCCACUAAGGCAUCGGUGGAGGAGCUGGAUGCGCAGGGACGAAGGCUGCUACAAAGGCUACAGUUACAAACUGCAGGAGGUGGAAGUAGCAGUGAAAGCGGGUACGGUAACCGCAGUGGCGGAGCUAGUGGAGAUUCCAACGACCAUCAUCACGGCUUCCAUGCACAUGCGGACGCACACAACCUAGUUGCCAAAGUGACGGGUUUGUUGGAUAAGCUGCAUGGGACACGUCAGAACCUGCAGCAGCUGUGGCACAUGAGGAAACUGAAGCUGGACCAGUGCUUCCAGUUGCGUCUGUUCGAACAGGACGCAGAGAAGAUGUUCGACUGGAUCAUGCACAACAAAGGGCUUUUUCUCACCAGUUACACGGAGAUCGGAGGGAACCACCAGCAUGCUGUAGAGCUGCAGACCCAGCACAACCACUUUGCUAUGAACUGCAUGAAUGUGUAUGUGAACAUCAAUCGGAUCAUGUCGGUAGGAAACCGGCUUCUGGAGUCAGGCCACUACGCCUCCCAGCAGAUCCAGCAGAUCUCAGGACAGCUGGAGCAGGAGUGGAAGGCCUUCGCUGCAGCGCUGGACGAACGCAGCACCCUGCUGGAGAUGUCUGCCAGCUUCCACCAGAAAGCGGACCAGUACAUGAGUAAAGUGGAGCCAUGGUGUAAGGCAUGUGGUGAAGGAGAGCUGCCCUCUGAACUCCAGGAUCUGGAAGACACAAUCCACCAUCACCAGGGACUAUAUGAGCACAUCACAACCGCAUACUCUGAGGUAAGCCAGGAUGGGAAGUCUCUUUUAGACAAACUACAGCGACCUUUGACCCCAGGAAGUGCUGAUUCAUUGAUGGCAUCAGCUAACUACUCCAAGGCUGUGCACCACGUCCUAGACAUCAUCCACGAGGUGCUGCAUCACCAGAGGCAGCUGGAAAACAUCUGGCAACAUCGCAAAGUCCGCCUGCACCAAAGGCUGCAGCUGUGUGUCUUUCAGCAGGAUGUACAGCAAGUGCUGGACUGGAUAGAAAACCAUGGCGAGGCCUUCCUCAGUAAACACACUGGUGUUGGGAAGUCUUUACACAGAGCCAGGGCUCUGCAGAAGAGACACGAAGACUUUGAGGAGGUUGCACAGAACACCUACACCAAUGCUGACAAAUUGCUGGAGGCAGCAGAGCAGCUGGCUCAGACCGGAGAGUGUGACCCAGAGGAAAUUUACCAGGCUGCCCACCAGCUAGAAGAUCGCAUCCAGGACUUUGUACGACGUGUCGAGCAGCGUAAAGUCCUCCUGGACAUGUCUGUUGCCUUCCACACACACGUCAAAGAGCUAUGGACGUGGUUGGAGGAGCUUCAGAAGGAACUGCUGGAUGAUGUGUAUGCAGAGUCGGUGGAAGCAGUGCAGGACCUGAUUAAGCGUUUCGGCCAGCAGCAGCAGACCACCCUACAGGCUACUGUCAAUGUCAUCAAGGAGGGAGAAGACCUCAUACAGCAGCUCAGAGACUCGGCCAUCUCGAGCAACAAGACUCCUCACAACAGCUCCAUGGCCCACAUCGAGAGCGUGCUGCAGCAGCUGGACGAGGCCCAGGGCCAGAUGGAGGAACUGUUCCAAGAAAGGAAGAUCAAGCUGGAGCUCUUCCUCCAGCUCCGCAUCUUUGAGAGGGACGCUAUUGACAUCAUCUCAGACCUGGAGUCAUGGAACGAGGAACUAUCCCAGCAGAGUGACUUUGACACAGAGGACCUGACGCUGGCUGAGCAGAGGCUACAACACCAUGCAGACAAAGCGCUUACUAUGAACAACCUCACCUUUGACGUCAUCCAUCAGGGACAAGAGUUGCUGCAGUAUGUCACAGAAGUCCAGGCGUCUGGUGUGGAGCUGUUAUGCGACAGAGAUGUGGACAUGGCCACACGUGUCCAGGACCUGCUGGAGUUUCUCCAUGAGAAGCAGCAGGAGUUGGACCUGGCAGCAGAGCAGCACAGGAGACAUCUGGAGCAGUGUGUCCAAUUAAGGCAUCUGCAGGCUGAAGUCAAACAGGUGCUGGGUUGGAUCCGUAAUGGCGAGUCCAUGCUGAACGCUGGUCUGAUCACAGCCAGUUCCUUACAAGAAGCCGAACAGUUGCAGAAGGAACAUGAACAAUUCCAACAUGCAAUAGAGAAAACCCAUCAGAGCGCGCUGCAGGUACAGCAGAAGGCUGAAGCCUUACUCCAGGCAAACCACUAUGACAUGGAUAUGAUCCGAGACUGCGCAGAGAAGGUGGCAGACCACUGGCAGCAGCUGAUGCUCAAGAUGGAGGACCGACUUAAGCUGGUUAAUGCUUCUGUGGCAUUCUACAAGACCUCUGAACAGGUGUGCAGUGUGUUAGAAAGCCUGGAGCAGGAGUAUAAGAGAGAAGAGGACUGGUGUGGUGGUGCUGAUAAACUGGGCCCGAACAGCGAUUCAGACCACGUCACCCCCAUGAUCAGCAAACAUCUGGAGCAGAAAGAGGCCUUUCUCAAGGCCUGUACAUUAGCCAGGCGUAAUGCUGAUGUCUUCUUGAAGUACCUGCACAGGAACAGUGUCAACAUGCCCGGCAUGUUGUCCCAUGUUAAAGCUCCAGAGACUCAGGUUAAGAACAUCUUGAAUGAGUUGCUGCAGAGAGAGAACAGAGUGCUCCAUUUCUGGACCAUGAGGAAGCGGAGGCUGGAUCAGUGCCAGCAAUAUGUAGUGUUUGAACGCAGCGCCAAACAGGCCCUGGAGUGGAUUCAUGACACUGGGGAGUUUUACCUGUCCACACACACAUCCACCGGCUCCAGCAUUCACCACACACAGGAGCUGCUAAAAGAGCACGAAGACUUCCAGAUCACAGCAAAGCAAACCAAAGAACGGGUAAAGCUGUUGAUCCAGCUGGCGGAUGGGUUUUGUGACAAGGGCCAUGCCCAUGCCCUGGAGAUAAAGAAAUGGGUGUCCUCAGUGGACAAGCGCUACAGGGACUUCUCUCUCCGUAUGGACAAAUACCGAACCUGCCUGGAAACUGCGCUUGGCAUUUCUUCAGACUCCAACAAGGCUAGCAAAGAGCUGCAACUGGACAUCAUCCCAGCCAGUGCUCCAGGGUCAGAGGUCAAGUUGAGGGAUGCUGCCCAUGAACUCAACGAGGAGAAGAGGAAGUCAGCGCGAAGGAAAGAAUUUAUAAUGGCUGAGCUGAUUCAGACAGAGAAAGCCUACGUCAGAGACCUACGGGAGUGUAUGGAUACAUACCUGUGGGAGAUGACCAGCGGUGUGGAGGAGAUUCCUCCUGGAAUUGUCAACAAGGAACACAUCAUCUUUGGGAACAUGCAGGACCUCUACGAGUUUCAUCACAAUAUCUUCCUAAAGGAGUUGGAGAAGUAUGAGCAGCUUCCAGAGGAUGUCGGCCAUUGUUUCGUGACUUGGGCUGAUAAGUUCCAGAUGUAUGUGAACUACUGUAAGAACAAGCCUGACUCCACUCAACUCAUCCUGGAACAUGCUGGACCCUACUUUGAUGAAAUCCAGCAAAGACAUCGCCUGGCGAACUCCAUCUCCUCUUACCUGAUCAAACCAGUCCAGAGAAUCACUAAAUACCAGCUCCUUCUCAAGGAGUUGUUGACAUGCUGUGAGGAGGGUAAAGGUGAGAUAAAGGAUGGUCUUGAAGUCAUGCUCAGUGUCCCCAAGAGAGCCAACGAUGCCAUGCACCUCUCUAUGCUGGAUGGGUUUGAUGGUAACAUAGACUCCCAGGGAGAGUUGAUACUUCAGGAGUCCUUCCAGGUAUGGGAUCCCAAGACUCUGAUCCGGAAGGGUCGCGACCGACACCUCUUCCUCUUCGAGAUGUCCCUGGUCCUUAGCAAAGAAGUAAAAGACUCCAACGGGCGCAGCAAGUACCUCUACAAGAGCAAGCUCUUUACAUCAGAGCUUGGAGUGACAGAACAUGUGGAAGGAGAUCCUUGUAAGUUUGCCUUGUGGGUGGGCAGAACCCCGACUUCAGACAACAAGAUCGUCCUCAAGGCUUCAAGUAUUGAGAACAAGCAGGACUGGAUCAAACACAUUCGGGAGGUCAUCCAGGAGCGAACUGUCCACCUGCGUGGAGCUCUGAAGGAGCCCAUCCAUAUCCCUAAAGCCACCACAGCUAAACAUAAAGGCAGACGGGACGGAGAGGAGCUGGACAGCCAGGGAGAUGCCAGCAGCCAACCGGAUACCAUCUCCAUCGCCUCACGUACAUCCCAGAACACACUGGACAGUGAUAAGCUGUCCGGUGGCUGUGAGUUGACAGUGGUGAUCCAUGACUUUAUUGCCAGUAAUGGCAGCAGCAGCGGGGAGCUGACGGUGCGGCGAGGCCAGACUGUGGAGGUUCUGGAGCGACUCCACGACAAGCCGGACUGGUGCCUGGUGAGGACCACCGAUCGCUCUCCAGCCCAGGAGGGCAUCGUUCCCUGCUCCAUGCUCUGUAUCGCUCACUCCAGGUCCUCCAUGGAGAUGGAGGGGCUCUUCAACCACAAAGACACCUUGUCUGUAUCCAGUAACGACGCCCUACACCCAGGCUCCAGCCAGACGCUGGGUCCUCACAGCUCACCAGGACCCAAACGUCCUGGGAACACCUUACGGAAGUGGCUGACCAGCCCAGUGCGGCGGCUGAGCUCCGGCAAAGCUGAUGGCCACGUCAAGAAGCUCGCCCACAAGCACAAGAAGAACCGGGAAGUUACAAGGAAGAACAUGGACACAAUGGCCGGCUCGCAGAAGGACUCUGACGACAGCGCCGCCACGCCACAGGACGAGACACUGGAAGAACGAAUGCGUAAUGAGGGGCUGAGCAGCGGUACCCUGUCCAAGUCUUCUUCAUCAGGCAUGCAGAGCUGCGGUGAGGAGGAAGGAGAGGAGGGGGCCGAUGCCGUCCCUCUACCUCCACCUAUGGCCAUCCAGCAACACAGCCUGCUGCAGCCCGACUCCCAGGACGACAAGUCUGCAUCUCGUCUGUCCGCUCGUCCCAACAGUUCAGAGACACCCAGUGCUGCUGAACUGGUCAGUGCCAUCGAAGAGCUGGUGAAGAGCAAGAUGUCACUGGAGGAUCGUCCCAGCUCUCUGUCGGUAGAGCAGGGCGACAGCAGCUCUCCCUCCUUCAACCCCUCUGACAACUCCCUCCUCUCCUCCUCCUCACCCAUCGAUGAGUUGGAUGAGCGCAAGUCUGGCUUCUUCAAGAGAAGACAUUAUGUGCUUCUGGAGCUGGUGGAGACUGAGAGAGACUAUGUCAGAGAUCUGGGAUCAGUGGUGGAGGGCUACAUGAGCAGGAUGAAAGAAGAAGGAGUUCCAGAUGACAUGAGAGGAAAAGACAAGAUCGUCUUUGGAAACAUCCAUCAGAUCUAUGACUGGCACAAAGAUCUUUUCCUUGGAGAGCUUGAGAAGUGUUUAGAGGAUCCUGACAGGCUGGCUCCUUUAUUUAUCAAACAGGAGCGCAGGCUACACAUGUACAUCGUGUACUGCCAGAACAAACCUAAAUCUGAGCACAUUGUGUCAGAGUACAUUGACACUUACUUUGAAGACCUCAAGCAGCGAUUGGGCCACAGAUUGCAGAUUACUGACCUGCUAAUCAAACCCGUCCAACGUAUAAUGAAGUACCAGUUACUACUGAAGGAUCUUCUCAAAAUUUCUAAGAAAGCUGGAGUGGAUACGACAGAGCUGGAGAAAGCUGUAGAGGUGAUGUGUGUGGUCCCCAAGCGCUGCAAUGACAUGAUGAAUGUUGGGCGCCUUCAAGGCUUCGAUGGUAAAAUUGUGGCACAGGGCAGAUUGCUCUUACAAGACACCUUCAUGGUGGCAGACCAGGAUGGAGGACUUCUGUCCAGGAUGAAAGAGAGGAGAGUCUUCCUGUUUGAGCAGAUUGUCAUCUUCAGCGAGCCCAUAGACAAAAAGAAGGGUUUCUCUUCCCCUGGCUACCUCUUCAAGAACAACAUCAAGGUGAGCUGGUUGGGUUUAGAAGAAAAUGCAGACGACCCCUGCAAGUUCACGCUCACCUCCAGAUCAUCGAGUGGCAGCCUGGAGCGAUACACCCUCCAUUCAAUGAGCCCUGGAGUCAGUCAAGUCUGGGUCCACCAGGUCAGCCAGAUACUGGAGAACCAGCGAAAUUUCCUCAAUGCUCUGACAUCCCCCAUAGAGUACCAGAGGAACCACGUGGGUGGUGGCGGGCCAGGCGGUUCACCCAGCAGUAGCAGCAGUAGUACUGGAGGCCUGCCAGGAGGCAGCAGCUCCAACAGUACCUCCAACAUGGGUGGGGGAGGUGGCGGCGGUGGCUCUGGAGGAUCAGGGAGCAGCUCCUCUUCUCUGUGCGGCCCUCGCUCCCGACCCUCCCGCAUCCCCCAGCCAUCCUCACGCCUCCCCCAGCCCGUCCACCACCACCAUCCCCCUGGCCCUGAGGGGCCCGACAGAUCAGCAGGUAUGUGGUCACCCUGCCACCCUCCGUCCCCUCAGUCCCUCCCCUCUAACCCCUACUCAGACACAACCACAAAUGGAGAGGUGUUGGCCUCAGAGGUCCCUAAGAUGAGGAUGCUGAAUAGUCCUCAUGGAAGUAACAGUAAUAACAGUAACAGAGCAUCAGACAGCAUGGAGGCCAAUGUCAGACCGGGUCUGGGGGGCUAUGAAGAAAACCAGAAACAUCAAACAGCUGGAAUACCACAGAUGGCUGUGGCUCCUCUUAAUUUGCCCCUAAAAAGCCCUCGGGCUGGGACAGUUUCUCCUCUGAUUUCACCUCUGUCCCCUGGAGGUGGAGGAAAGGAAGCAUUUGUCCCCUCUAGCCCAGCCCAUAAAGGUAACUCUUUCUGGGCUAUGGUCCCUGCUGUGCCUCCCUCUCCCGCCAGCUGGGCUGGUUCCUUCUCCUACCCCAGUGACAGUGGUGGGGGAGGGGACUCUUUGGGCAGAGGAAGCCAUGGGACGCCCUCUCAUCACCGCCACUCCACCCACAGUAAGGACAUAGACCGCAUGAGCACCUGCUCCUCCACCAGCGAGCAGUCCAUACACUCCACCCAGAGCAACGGGAGUGAAAGCAGUAGCAGCAGCAGUGUGUCCACUAUGUUGGUGACCCAGGACUAUGUGGCAGUGAAGGAGGAUGAGAUCAGUGUGGUGCAGGGUGAGGUGGUCCAAAUGCUAGCCAGCAACCAGCAAAACAUGUUCCUGGUGUACCGAGCCUCCAAUGAGCACUGCCCUGCCGCUGAGGGCUGGAUCCCUGGCUAUGUAUUAGGACAUACCUCAACCUCAAUCACACCCGAACUCCCUGAAGGAACCAUCAAAAAAUCAUUAUCAUGGCACACAGCACUCCGUAUUCGCCGAAAGUCUGAGAAAAGAGACAAAGAGGGGAGAAAGAUGGAAAACGGCUAUCGCAAGUCUCAGGACUGCCUGGCCAACAAAGUCUCUGUCAAGCUUCUAAAUCCCAACUUCAUCCAUGAUGCUCUUCCAGAGUUCCUGAUCCCUGUUAGGGAUGUAGCUUGUGAGGGUGGCGACAGUGUUACUUUCAAGUGCAAAGUGUGUGGUCGACCCCGGGCCACCGUCACGUGGCGGGGACCUGACAACAACACUCUGAGCAACAACGGACAGUACAGCAUCACUUACAGUGAGACAGGAGAGGCAGCUCUCCGUAUCCUGGGAGUGUCUGUAGAGGACAGUGGUGUGUACACCUGUGUUGCCACAAAUGUGGCAGGCUCCGUCACUUCCUCCGCCAGCCUCAGAGUCUCAGUAACCCCUGAUGAUGGCAGUGAAGUAAUCUGGAAAAGCAGCUUUGAGUCCCACUACACAGAGAUCACUGAACUAGGAAGGGGCCGGUUCUCAGUGACUAAGCGGUGUGACCAGAGAGGGAGUAAACGGACAGUUGCAGUGAAACACAUUAACAAGAAGCUGCUGCGUCGAGAGCAGGUGCUGCAGGAGGUCAGACUCCUCCAGACUCUGGACCAUCCCAACCUGGUCAAGCUGCUGGACACGUAUGAGACGGCCAACAGCUACGUACUUGUACAAGAGCUGGCAGACCAGGGACGUUUCCUGGACUAUGUAGUGAGCUGGGGCAACCUUACAGAGGAGAAGGUGGCUCUCUACCUCAGAGAUAUUCUUGAAGCUCUCCACUACCUGCACAGCUGGAGGAUAGCACACCUUGAUCUCAAACCAGAGAACAUUGUGGUGGAACAUGCGUCUUCCCAGCCAGUGAUCAAGCUGACAGACUUUGGCGAUGCCAUUCAGCUGAACCCUUCCUCCUUCUACAUCCAUCCUCUCCUGGGGAGCCCAGAGUUUUCUGCUCCUGAGCUGAUCCUGGGUCAGCCUGCCUCACUGAUGUCUGACCUUUGGAGCUUAGGGGUGGUGACCUACGUUGUACUUAGUGGGGCCUCUCCCUUCCUGGACGAAAGUUUGGAGGAGACGUGUCUGAACAUCUGUCGCCUGGACUUCAGCUUCCCCGAGGACUACUUCCAGGGUGUGAGCCCAGCUGCCAGGGACUUUGUCUGCCUGCUGCUCCAGGGCGAGCCGGAACGACGGCCCUCUGCAGCGUCCUGCCUGCAGGAGCCCUGGCUCCAGCCUCGAGAUGUGAUAAACUUUGACGCUGGCCAUGCCACCUUAAAUCCUACGCAGCCACCGCCGCUGCCAACAUCUCAGAAUCAUCACACCUCACAUCUGGAUACCUCCAGACUCAUUUCCUUCAUCGAGAGACGGAAACACCAGAACGAUGUUCGGCCCAUUGGCACCAUUAAGGCCUUCCUUCACAGCCGCCUGCUCAACCACGUCUAACAAACAGCUCACUAGGUAGAUGUAGGGUUGGGUAUCGUUUGCUUUUUUUUCGAUUCCGGUGCCAAAUCGAUACUUUUAAAACAGUGCCGGUGCC